UGUCACGUGACCAAAGACUAAUGUCAAGGUCACGUGACCUGGGUGUGUGGUUGUGUUGCGACGUACAUACACCUGCCCUAAUUUGACACGGAGCGAAUAGAUUGUUGGUCUGGAAUCGGGAAAAGCUUUUAGGAAGAUAAUCGUGGAUAGUUUUUUUUUUCGCUUCAGUAUUUUAUACAAUGAUUAAUUAGUGUUCGGGCAGUUUCCAGCGAGCUGACUGUCCAUCAGACCUGUCAAGAGUUAAACGAGGAAGUGCGCUUGACUCAUCAUCGCUGUCGUCGCUCGGGCCAUAUCCACCUAUGGCUACAAGUCGUAUAUAUUCAUCUGUUUUUAAUCACUAAUGUAUGCAGUGUGUUUAUUAUUUUAGUCCCAGUGCGAUGUUCAGAGUCAAGCGACGUUUACGGUGAAGUUACUCGAGUUUGAUCGCACUAAACUCUUACAGGUGUCGACACUGAAGCAGGAUGAAUGAGUCCGGGUCCACUGCGACAAAUUUCAGCACUCUGUCAGUGGAUUCAGAUAAAAACAUAGAUAAUUCAAUCCCUUUGUCGUCAUUCUCAAUGCUGUCAAACAUAACCUACAUGUCUAACAUGACCGUGAUCAGAUCAAGUAAUGGGACUGAAGUAGUGGGGGACGACCAGCUCUUCCUCAACACCCGCACGGCCCAAGCCUUGUCAGGGAUUUUCGUUUGGUCUGCGCUCAUCAUCACCUGUCAUCAGAUAUACCUUCACCUAAAGUCGUACACGGUGCCAAAUGAGCAGCGCUACAUCAUCCGCAUCCUUUUCAUCGUCCCCAUCUAUGCUUUCGACUCCUGGCUCAGCCUGCUGUUCAUCAGUAAUGACCAGUAUUAUGUGUAUUUCGACUCUGUUCGUGACUGUUAUGAAGCAUUUGUGAUAUACAACUUCCUGAGUCUGUCUUUUGAGUUCCUUGGAGGAGAAAGUGCCAUCAUGUCGGAAAUAAGAGGAAAGCCUAUUCAGUCUAGUUGCCUCUAUGGUACAUGCUGUUUGGUAGGAAUGAGUUACUCCAUUGGCUUCCUGAGAUUCUGCAAGCAGGCCACACUUCAGUUCUGUGUCGUGAAGCCCAUCAUGGCUGUCAUCACCAUCCUUCUGCAGGCUUUUGGCAAAUAUCACGAUGGAGAUUUUAAUGUAACGGGAGGUUACCUUUACAUCACCAUCAUCUACAACAUCUCUGUCAGUUUGGCUCUGUAUGCCCUAUUCCUCUUCUACUUCGCCACCAGUGACCUUCUCAGACCUUUUGAGCCUGUGCUCAAAUUCCUCACCAUCAAAUCCGUCAUCUUCCUCUCAUUCUGGCAAGGUAUGUUAUUGGCCAUUCUGGAGCGAUGUGGUGUGAUCCCGAAAGCUCUGGUCAUUGAUGGUCAUGAAGUGGGGGCUGGUACAGUGGCAGCUGGUUGGCAGAACUUCAUCAUCUCCAUCGAAAUGUUCUUCGCCUCCAUCGCCCUCCGCUACGCCUUCACCUCCAGUGUGUACCGCGAGAAGAAGAGUGAAGCACCAGAGAAUGUAGCACCUAUGCACAGCAUAUCCAGUGGCCUGAAGGAGACCAUUAACCAUGGAGACAUGGUUCAGGAUGCGAUCCACAACUUCUCUCCAGCUUACCAACAGUACACACAGCAGUCCACCCAGGAAGUGGUGCAACCCAACAUGAAUGGCAAACCAGGGACCAGCACCUCCAAGAGUUUGAAGAAAUCUGAUAAAGUGAUGCUGAUCGACACGGAUGAUGAGUUCUAGUGCCCCGUCUGUCCUGAUCUGUCUAUUUAUUUAAUCCGAAACGAAUUUGACUCUGAAGAACUUUGAGGACCCUAAUCAUGUAAAUCAGCUCCUGAUUUUUUUUAUUAAAUUUCUUUAAAGAGAGCUCAAUAAAGUGAUCUGAGCAGUUUCCUGACAAGUA